AUCAAAAGGGUCAAAGAUGGAGCUUUGCAAGCCAAAAAAAGGGCAUUUCCUGUUGUCAUGAGGCAGGACUUCGCUGAUGUCACAUGGCCACACAUGGUAUGGUCAGGCUCAGGCAUGCAACAGGGCCGACUUAUCCCAGAUAUGAACCAGGACGGCAAAGCUUACUGUGUUCUGUGCAAAGGCGACGAGGAGACUAAAAUAACCGGACCUCUGUCCACUAAAGAGGACGUAACAGCUCACCAGAACUGCUUGCUUUACGCCUCCGGUAUUUGCUGCAGCAACACACCACAGUUUGACGACUUGUUUGGUUUUUCUGUUCAAGACGUGAAGACAGAGGUGAACAGAGGACGCAAACUGGUGUGCUCUCAGUGUAAGAGAAGAGGUGCCACUGCCGGGUGUGAAUUGAAACGCUGUAAGAAGUCCUUCCAUUAUCCUUGUGCUAUUGAGGAGGGAGCCAAAGUCUUUGAAGACAAAAAAACAGAAAAUUAUGGACUGUACUGUUUCAACCACAGUGCCGAAGAAAAUAGAAACUCUGUCAAUGGAUCCAAAGCAAAUUCUUGCAGGAGGUCCAGUGAAGGCAGCCAAUCAAAGAGGAAAACCAAUGGUGAGUCUUCAAGAAGCAAACUAUCAUCUUCAUCCAGCAGUGAUUCAUCCUACACGACCACUGAUUCCUUAAAGAGACAGCUGAAUUUCACUGAACACCAUACGACAACCCACCAGAAUCUGCGUACAGCCCCUCACCAAGCAACCCCCAGGACAGAAGAGGAGAGUACUCCCACCAAGAAAAAUAAAAAAUGGCACAAGAUAACAUCUGAUGAAGACACUUCAGACUUAGCUGUAGGGGGACUUAUACCUCCUUUGGAUUCAGAUUCAGAGGAAAUUGGAGGUGUUCAGACACAGAACAAAUCUCCUGAACCUCAGAUCAACAGUGAGGUCUUAGACGUACCUUCUGAAUUUCAAUUGGUGAACCAAGUGGAGGUUGAGUGCUCGGAUGUCAAUUCACUUUACUCUAAUUCUGACUCCGACAGUUUGCUUGAUCCUGUCCCAGAGAGACAUACGGUCGAAAUUCAGACGAUCAAGAGGGAACUUGAAGAUUUGAGCUGUGAGCAGAAUCCCAUCUGCAGUUGUGAGCAGGACACCGGUGAACCUUCAGCCCCAGACAAUAACAUCGAACUUGUUUCCUUUCCAAGUCACCCUGAAACUCAAACUCCAUCCACCUGCUCAUCUUUCACCGUGGCUUUGUGUCAACCUUUCAGUGUGAAUUAUCUGUCUGUCCCAUCCCCUUCACAUGCACCUGCCUCAAACACACCACCUUCUCCUCCACGAGCUCUCGACCCAGACCCACCCCAAGCACAAUCACCCUCUUCAGCCCCCGCCCCCAGCGUGAACUCGGCCAGUUUCUGGAGAAACUGCAACGCAGCCAGCUGUACACAGACCAUCUUCUCUGAAUUGAUUGAAGACAUGAACGAGAUCUCCACGAGAAUCCGGUCUGAUAAGGCCAGCCAGGAUGAUUAUGACCGCGCACUCUCUGUGAUGAUGGCAUCUGGAAGACUUGCAGAGUUUGUGUCCAGGCAGCAGGAAGAGCUGCAAAGGAAACAGGUGGAGCUGCAAAGGAAAGCAGCAGCUAUGAAGGACAUUGUCUCUGCACUGAGGAAAUAAGUCCAUCAGCAAUUGGACUCAAAGCAUCCGUUGUUUUUCUUUUAUCUGUGAAUCUGUAUAAUAUUUGACUGUUCAGUAUUGAGUGAAGGUGGCAUGAAUUAUCUAGGUUAUAAGCUGUUACCAGAAAAUAGAACAAUCAGAAAUGGGACUGAGCAAAACACACUGUUUAGAAAUUGUUUAUAUAAAUAUGUUCCUAAAUAAGCCUCUAGAUCAGGGGUUCUCAAACAUUUUGGGUCUGGAGACCCUUUACAAGGGCAAAAAAUUUCCAGGGACCCCCUCAUACUGUAAAUUCAAUCAUUUUAACCCCUAAAUU